CUAAAUCAGAAAAGCGUCAUCUAUUACUGAUGCGCAAUUACAACUAGAUACUAUAUAUAUUUAAUAACUGUUGAUUGUGAUGAGAUAUGGAUGAGAUUGAGACUACGGCCAUGUAAACAGGUCUUGGUAUUCAGUAGGGAAACCGUCCGAAAUUUGAGUCAUGCAAAAUUAACAUGGAAGACAACAAAGUUCACGUUUUUACGAGCCAGACAGAGAUGAGUAGAGCGCCUCUGCCUCUGUGUGAGACAUUCAUAGCACGUUAACAUGCGCAGAACAUGAAUCUUCUUGUCUUCCAUGUUGCUUUUUUAUGACUCAAUUUUCGAACGGUUUCUACUAUGCUUUCGAUAUAUAAGUGUCUAAUCCAAAUGUUGAGAUUUGUGUAUAUGACCGUGGAUAAGACUAUGGUAUUUGGGUUAGAUAUUUCUCGUAAUUUAUUUAUUUGCAGUUAAUAUCUCGAAUAUUUAUACUUAUCGUUCAUGAUUAAAAACUAGUGUGGGAUGUAGUCAUAUAAAAUGUGUACUAAUUAAAAGAGUAACAUUUAAUCAUUAAUAAGGGUCCUGAAGAAUUGCAAUUUCAAGUCUGAUUCAAAAUGGUCUGUGAAAAAUGUGAAAAAAAAUUAGGAAAAGUCAUAACUCCAGAUCCUUGGAAAAGUGGUGCACGGAAUACAGUAGAAAGUGGGGGACGUAAAGUUGGAGAAAAUAAAGCACUUUCUGCAGGGAAGGCAAGAUUUAAUCCCUAUACUGUUACCUUUGAAACUUGCAGAAUAUGUAGACAGAAAGUACAUCAAGUUGGAUCACAUUAUUGUCAAUCAUGUGCAUAUAAAAAGGCUAUAUGUGCAAUGUGUGGUAAAAAGCUAAUGAGUACAAAGAACUAUAAACAGUCUGCUACUUAAAUAUUAAACUUAAUGGAUGCGUUUGUAAAUUUACAUUAUGUUAGAUUUAGAUAGGUAUA